CGCGCCGAGCUGGCCCUGCAUGCAGCUUGUACAAGUCGAGUACGGACAAACGGCCUCUCCGAGCAGAGCCGCCGCCUAGUUUGCGAUAAGUUUUAGAGUUUCCUUGAUAUCUGUGAGACACAAGCAGGUCAAGGAGAAGGAAAAAGUCAAGUCGCUCUUUCCCUUUUGCAUCCACCAUCCCCCUGUUCGUGCCUUCCUCCUGUCUCUUCAAUUUCCGUGUCUGCCAGGCUUCAGCUCAGCUCUCGUACCUGGAACCGCCGAUCUUAGAAUCACUCGCUAUUCACGAUGCUCGCCUCAACAAUCAUCUCCGCUCUGUCGCUGUUCGCGGUCGCAUCUGCUCAGUCUUCCACCGCUUCCGCUUCCUCGGCCUCCGCUUCUGCCACUUCCGCUGUCGCCGCAUCAAUCGCCGCUGGCUCUAGCGGAUACUCAUACGUCGGGUGCUGGAAUGAGACAACCGGCAUAGAAGGCACAUCUGGUGCUCGCGCUCUCUCGGGUGGAAAGAUGGAAUCGGUCGACACUGCUACUGUUGAGGCAUGUUUGGAAUACUGCGGUGCUUCCAACUACCAGUACGCUGGUUUGGAGUACGCUCAAGAGUGCUGGUGCAGCAACUACAUCUCUUCCUUGUCAACACAAUUGGAAGAAUCCAACUGCUCGCUUGCAUGCAAGGGCAACGACACCGAGCUUUGCGGCGGUUACCUUACCAUCACUCUCUACAACCUCACCAGCAAGAAGUCUAGCUCUUCAAGCUCGUCUUCGAAGACCGGUGCUGCCUCUACCGCCGCCUCUAGCUGGACCUAUGUGCUGGGCGCAGGUGUCAUGGCCUUGACACUCGGUACUGCUUUGUAAGAAAUGCAUGGAAUGAGAAUAUACCCAGGGAAAAUAUGACGGAAGGUCAUCGGGAUAGACGGAUACGGAGUUCGGCUUGUUUAUCAGCGCCAGGAGUAUUGCGGAAUUCAGAGAAACGAAACAUAUGUUGUCAUUUUCGCUGCAUUGAGGGCAGGAUGCUAGAGCCUAAGAUGAUGUUCUACUUAAGCUUCAUUAGUUUUUCACCAACUGGUUCUGGGGCCUGAAGAAUACAACAGAAAAUGAACGAGUAUCAUGACCAGAUGGACAAUAAAGACCGCGGCAAGAGUUAUACUAAACUGCAUCUAAAAUAUCGGCUCAAGUGGUGAAGGCAAGCCCCGAGUAUACCGAGAUUCCGAGCGCUUAAAGCGAUGAACGAAGUCUAAACCACAUACUUUCUGUAAUAGGGUCAGCUAAUGUACAGU